AUGGCAUCAGUGGAAAACAACGAUACCGACCAGGCCGGUGACAAACCUCGACGCCAGAUGCUAGGAAUGGUGGCGGAGUUUUCCCAAGACACAUCCCUACACGGCGUCAAAUUCGCUCUGCAAACGUCUGUGUCCUCGCCUAGACGAAUACUCUGGACCACGGUUAUUGUUGCACAGCUAGCUGCCUUUUUAGCGGUCAUCACUGGUCAAAUAAUCCAUGUUAACCAACUCCCAGUCCUAACCAAUGUCAUCACAAGCUACGAGGACCAGUUAGCCUUCCCGGGGGUCACCGUCUGUAAGCCACUUUCCAAGGCUGCUUACCCUGACCUCGAGCCAUUCGAGAAUGACGUCUUGAUGAAUCUCAAUAUUAAAAACCGAACAUUCUUCACGUCACUUCCUGUUGAGGAUUACGCCAGAAUCGACACCGGGGAAAUCUAUCACAAGAGAUUUCUGCUUCAGAAGAAAUUUCUGCGGUUUUGCAUGUUUGCACACAGUAACUGCUCACAUUUUGUUAAGACAAGCCUCGCAAGAGAUUCUUUUUGCGAGAGCGUCAAUAGUGUUUUACCAGACGACAUAUCAUGGUCACGUGACACGAAUGAAACUGAAACAGCCAAUAGAUCGAGAGGGUUCAUAUCAAGGACACCUGGUAAGGAAGCAGGUCUCAGCCUCCUUCUAAAGCUUGAGGGGGAGGAUCGCGGUGUGAAGUUGAUCCUCCACGAGCCUGACGAGAAAAUACGGGUGGUGAAUUCAGAGUUCCUACAGUUAUCUCCCUUCAGUGAAAACUUCAUUGGCGUUAAGUUGUUCAAGAACAAGUUUCUGCCUUCGCCUUACCGAGCAUUUGGAGACCGGAAGUGUCAGGUGACAACGGGUGACUUCCGGCACCCUCUAAUUCCCACCGGAAAGUACACCCUUCGAGCCUGCCAGGACGCCUGUAUGAUUGAGGGCGCCAGAAACUUUUGUGGGUGUCAACUGGAUUACGCCAGUGGAUGGGCUGAUGAAAAGGCGUGUGAUCCGUUACGGUUGAUCGACUGUCACGCGAAGAUGAUGGAGAGAUUCUUGAACAACACUCUCCCGGUACCUUUGUGCGACUGCCCGUUACCGUGUGAAGACCUAGUGUACCACACGACUCUAUCCUCUAGUCCCAUUGGAAACGUAUCAGAUACGAACAGGGAAAAUGAUAUCCUUAUUCACAUCCACUUUGAUCGCCUGAAGAUCGUGUCUACAGAGCAAGUGCCCGACUACACCACCGGCGACGUCUUUGGUGCUGUCUGUCUUAUUUUGUAUACUGGGGCCUCCGUGGCUCAGUUGGUAAUGACCCAGGAACCUCUCACCAAUGCGGUUGCUGGGAGGUCAGGUCAAGCUCAUGUUGGCUUCCUCUCCGAGCCGUCUAUUGGCGGUCAGAUGGGGCUGUUUCUGGGUGCCUCCAUCAUCACGGUAACAGAGCUCCUGGAGCUGAUAGUCAGAUGUAUGUAUGGCUGGAUGCGGAGAGACGUGCGAAAGACAAAUAGCCCGGUGGAUGUGAACAAGUAA